AAUUGAAUUCUAAAAUGUAAUGAGUAAAUUCAGUCUUACCAAUUAACUCCCAUUAAUCACUUAAACCAAGUACUUUGUCCUACAAGCUGACACUACUAACAUACGAUUACACAGAACCUUACAACAUCGAUAUGUAUUAGAUUGGAGAACUAACCGUAUAAAGAGUUUCAAAAGUUUAAGCAUUGUUUAAAGACUUUUAUCAUUUAAUAAUAUUGAAUCUUGUCACGAUGCAAUUGUCUAGUGUUGCUUUACGAAUUUCACCCAAAGGUAUUCGUAGGUUUGCUUCUCAGUCGAAUAUAUCAAAAUCGGAUUAUGAUAUUACAAUCGUUGGAACUGGUCCCGUUGGACUGGCCUUAGCUGCGGGAUUACAAACUAAUCCUUAUACGCGGUCAUUAAAAGUAGCUAUCUUAGACAACCAAAAUACUAUGAAGAUUCAAGAUUGGAAUCCCACUUCAUAUUCGAACCGCUGUGUGUCCGUGAUGUCUCGCAGUCGUAAAUUCUUUGAAAGAAUCGGAGCAUGGGAUCUAAUGCGCAAAGAAAGAUUGCAACCGUUUCAACAUAUUAUUGCUUAUGAUGGUAUAACUAAUUCAAAAAUACACUUUGAUCAACCAAAGGACAGGGAACCGAUGGCUUUCAUGGCGGAAAAUGUGAAUUUGCAAUACGGUUUAUUGCGGUCGAUUUUAAAAAGAAAGGAUCUCCAUCAAGACAAAUUUGAUUUUUUAGUCCCUUGUAAUAUUGAAGAAAUAACAAGAGAUGAGCAUACCAACAUACCUUGUAUACACACAUCAACUCAUGGAAUACUUCGCACACGAUUGUUGGUUGGCGCUGAUGGUAGAAACUCUAUAGUCCGCCGAUUUUCCAAGAUAGAAAUGCCUGGAUGGGCAUAUUCUUCGCAUGGUGUUGUUGGAACAUUAAGGGUUUCACAUAACAAUUUACCUUCGGUUGCUUUUCAGCGCUUCCUGCCUACGGGACCUUUGGCAUACCUCCCUCUUCCAGGAGACAAUGCUACUUUUGUUUGGUCUAUUCAUUCAGAACUAGCAAAGAAGUUGCUUGGUUUGCCUGAGCCUGUAUUCGUCAAACUUUUAAAUGCCGCUUUUAUCUUAGAUCAAGUUGAUUUAGAUUAUCUUUUAAAGAUGGACGUUAGUAAGCCUGAUAAUUUGGAAAAGCAGCUGGACUGGAGGAUUGAAACUAAGGGACGUUGUUUAUCAUCCGACAGACCUCCUCAAGUUACAGAAAUUGUUCCUAAUACACGUGCAUCAUUUCCUCUUCGUAUGGCUCAUGUCGAGGAAUAUGUAAAAGAGAAUGUUGCAUUGUGUGGUGAUGCUGCUCAUAAUACUCACCCACUUGCUGGACAGGGAAUGAACACCGGUAUACAAGAUGCUGAAGCCUUGACAAAUGCCCUUUCUUAUGCUAUCCAACACGGUCAAGAUCCUGGUAGUAUGUUCACGCUUCAGCCUUAUUUUAAAAAUCGUUACUUUAGGAAUCACGUUUAUCUAGGCACCGCCGAUAAGUUUCAUAAACUAUAUGCUUUCGAUAAUUGUUUUGUCAACGGCAUACGUUCGCUCGGCAUGUCACUCCUCGAUCGUAGUCCCAUGUUAAAACAAGCUGUUCUUUCCACGGUCGCCAAAGGAAUUUAGACGUUAUUCAGUCAAUGGAUCACUAUUGAUUAUGUUCACAGUACAAUAAUGAAAACCCAUGUAUUUUCUCAGUUUAUUAUCAGUUUUACAAUAAAAUGGGAGAACAUAUUUAAACUGCUUAGUUUUUGACAUGCUUGUUUAACUUACAUUACUCAACAUACGCUAAUAAAAUAAAAUAAAACGAUUUAUUUCAUUAAUUG